AUGGACCCCUUCCAAGAUCCUGGGCUGUCGCACUCUCACAACACCUCCGAAGACCAGAUGGCUUCAACCCCAGGGCGCAAGCGCGUCGUCUGGAGGGAAGAUACCGCUGCUGAACGCCCGACGUCAUCGGCGACACCUGAGGACAAUAACACUGGCUCAGGUAGUCGCAACACCCCCCUGCAAAGAGCAGAUCUCUCACAAGACGACCUCAGGAAGAUGAGAGAAUCUAUCAAGAUAGCCCUCUCAGAAGAAUACCCACAGGAAGCAGGAGCCACUCCACCCGCUCGCGAUGUACAAAGACCCCGUCCAGCCAUACGGAAAGCUCCUCGCACGCCACCAGAGUUCUACCUCAAUGAUGAACCCAACCCCUUCGAGGAUGAGCUUGAACGGCAACAGUCAGUCAGAUCGAAGGCCAAAGAGCGAUCGGGUCUUGAAGCUCACCGUAGAGCGGCAAAGCUUUCUCAGUCAAUGGGCACCUACUCAGCUCCAGUAUCUCGUCGCAACUCACAGGGCCAGAUGACCCCGCCUUCAGUGGAACCUCAAAGCAUGGAAGACGACGACGAUCCCCAGUUUAUGAAGCGAGCGUCCAUGCUCCUGCGCAACCACACUGUCCGCAACGGCGGCGUUGGUCCAGCGAUCAGCAUGGAAGACCUGUACCACUCAGAGCCUAUCCUCCAGUCCGGGCAGGUUACCCCAACAAACGCCGUCGAGGUCGAAGACGAACAUGUCGCGCGCCCGCGAAAGUAUCGAACUGGUGUUCUGGGGACGCUCCUGCAAGCCUCCACCGCUGCUGCUCAAGCCCCUAUUACUGCCGGCCGAUCAGGACGACCUUCUCACUCAAGGAACCUCAGCGCUGGGUACACAUUCAGUGGAGCUUCGACCGCGGCCAACUCACCGACCUCGUCACCGCCUCGAUCAGGGACUACAACGCCCCGCAGCAAACCAUGGUACAGCCGUCACCACAACAAUCAGUCUACGAAUUCCAUCUCUACGCUUGUCGGUAGUUCCGCUCGCAGCUUUGCCGCUCCUUCUCAGCAAGACCUGGGCAAUGAGUUCGUCGAGCAAGUUAGGAAGACACGCCCAGGUAUGGGUAAGCGUUCGAAGUCAGACGAGUCAGUAAAGAAGCCUAGGCGGAACCGUGAGAACGACCUGAAGAUCAAAAUUCACAUCGCUGGCACAUUGGCUCGACAGAGCUACCUUCGCAAGCUAUGCAAGGCUUUGAUGAUGUAUGGUGCGCCGACACAUCGUCUGGAGGAGUACCUCAACAUGUCCGCACGUAUUCUGGAGAUAGAAGCCCAGUUCUUGUACAUGCCUGGUUGCAUGAUCUGCGCCUUCGACGACACAUCGAUCCACACUUCAGAGGUCAAGCUCGUCAGGACGGCGCAAGGUGUCGACCUGGGAAAACUGCGCGAUGUUCACGAAAUCUACAAAGAUGUCGUCCAUGACCGCAUUGGUGUCGACGAAGCAACUCCUCGCUUGGAAGCCAUCAUGGGACGGAAGAACAAGUUCGGUCGCUGGCCACGAGUGCCCGUAUACGGUCUCGCUUCCGCUACCGUGGCUCCCUUCGCCUUCAACGCUCGACCCAUCGAUCUUCCUUUCUGCUUCGUGUUGGGUUGCAUCAUUGGCUGGCUGCAGCUGAUCGUCGCGCCUGGCAACGAGCUCAUCAGCAACGUCUUCGAGAUCGGUGCUGCCGUCAUUACCAGCUUCCUCGCUCGUGCCCUUGGCUCCAUUCGUGGCAGCGACGGAAAGGAGAUCUUCUGCUUCAGUGCUAUGGCCCAAUCUAGUAUCGCCCUCAUCCUUCCCGGUUUCAUGGUUCUUUGCGCUUCCCUCGAACUUCAGAGCAAGCACAUCGUAGCCGGCUCCGUGCGCAUGGUAUACGCCAUCAUCUACUCACUCUUCCUCGGUUUCGGCAUCACCAUCGGCACCGUCCUCUACGGCAUGAUGGACAAGAACGCCACAUCAAACACUACCUGCACCGACCCAAUGUCUUCGCACUUCUACUACCUCUUCGUCCUGGCCUUUUCGCUCUGCCUCAUGGUUGUUAACCAGGCAAAGUACAAGCAAAUGCCGUCCAUGGCCAUCAUCGCCCUCAUCGGCUACGUCGUCAACUUUCACAGCUCGCAGUACUUCAAAGCCAACGCACAGGUCUCCAACACCCUCGGCGCGCUGGCAAUCGGUAUCGCCGCCAACGUGCAUGCUCGCUUCGGUCGCCAUGUUGAGAAUUGGAGUCUGGAUACUUGGGAGCACAAGUUGCGUCCUCGCGUUAUAGCGCUGCGCAAGAAGUAUCUUCGCAACCGCCACGGCGCUAUUCGCCCCCUGCCUAAAGUCGAGCGCUCGGAGUACAGCACUGCCCACAACGACAGCGCGACGCAUUCGCGUGCAAGCUCUGUCAGCGAUUUUGUCCCCCAUACGCGCAAGAUCGGAUACGGGCUCGCUGCUGCGGCCAUGCUGCCUGCUAUUUUCGUGCAGGUUCCCUCCGGUCUGAGUGUGCAGGGCUCGCUCGUCUCUGGUCUCAAUUCUGCAGAUCAAAUUACACGAAACACAUCGAGCACUGCGACUGUCAAUGCUGCAGAUGUCACCGCUAGCAGCACACUCAAUAGCAUUGCGCUUAACGUUGGUUUCUCGGUUGUGCAGAUCGCGAUUGGUAUUACUGUUGGUCUUUUCCUGGCCGCGCUCCUUGUUUACCCUCUCGGCAAGCGCAGGUCUGGUUUGUUUAGUUUCUAGACGUUGUUACUUCCUUUUAUUUACUGUGCCUCGUUAGCGUGUUGUUUGGAGUGAAAGAAGCGAUAGAUCUGCAUCAGUGGCGUUGGUACAUAUGCAUUUGCGGGAGUUAAGAAGCUCGGGCAGCUAUAGUUAGUUAGAUUUCGGUGCUGAUGUGUUAAUGGAUUGCACACCCUGGUUGCCUGCGAGUGUCUCGAUUAAAGAUUAUGUACGUUGCUCGU